AUGUCCCCCGCACUUUCUUCACUUCCUGCCCAUGUGGACAGCCGGUCGCUGGUAUCUAGUCUCUUAGGUGACAAUCCAUACUUUCAGGCAGGAUUCGGGCUUAUGGGAGUGGGUGUAGGUCUGAGCGUGUUUCGUCAAGCUAUGAUUUUCUCCACUGUCGCUCUUCGCCGGCGCAUGCUUGUGUCCCUCGAAAUCAGCAACAAGGACCCUGCCUAUGACUGGUUUCUCGCAUGGAUGGCGCAUCGCACAGCGAAUGCAAACACCGGCAGCGCUGCCGCACCAUGGCUGCGAAGUCACCAAUUGAGCGUGCAAACGUCCCAUGAGCAGCGCAAGAACGGCAGCUCGAAUGCGCUGUUCAAGCUUGUAGCAGGACCGGGAACGCAUUGGAUGCGCUUCCGCAAAGCGUGGAUUCAGGUGAAGCGCGAGCGAGAAACACGCUCUCAGCAGCUCAUGUCGGGGAUACCCUGGGAAACCGUCACCCUCACCACAUUGUCGCGGGAUCGGAAUGUGUUCUCAGAACUUCUGCGCGAGGCGCGAGACAUGGCCGUGGUCGCGCAAGAGGGCAAGCUCGUGAUACAGAUACCAUGGGGACUCGAAUGGAAACCCUUCGGUCUGCCAAGACGGAAACGUCCUCUCAAGAGUGUCGUUCUGGCAGAAGGUGCAUCAGAGCGCAUCGAAGAGGAUGUGAAAGCGUUCCUGCGGCGGCGUCAGUGGUAUGUCGAUCGAGGCAUACCAUACCGCCGUGGAUACCUGCUACAUGGUCCGCCUGGCUCGGGAAAGUCCUCGUUCAUACAGGCUCUGGCUGGGUCGCUUUCAUAUGAUCUCUGCCUACUCAACCUAUCCGAGCGGGGCCUUGCGGAUGACAAACUCAUUCAUUUACUGUCAAAUACCCCGGAGCGCAGCUUCGUCCUCAUUGAGGACGUUGACGCUGCCUUCAACAAGCGUGUGCAGACCAGUGAAGAUGGCUACCAAUCCUCCGUUACGUUCUCGGGCUUCCUGAAUGCUCUUGAUGGGGUAGCGUCUGGCGAAGAACGCGUCAUCUUCCUGACGACAAAUCAUCCAGAGAGACUAGAUCCCGCUCUGGUCCGCCCAGGACGUGUUGAUCUCUCAGUUCUCCUGGACGACGCAACACCCGAGCAAGCACGACGUCUCUUUGUCCGCUUUUAUGGCGGUGGCGGCGAGGAUGGAGCUUGGGAGCACAUCGAUCCGCAGACAAUUGAGAAGAUGGGCCGGGAAGUGGAAGAGGUAGUCAAGCGCGAGAUGAAGUUGGGGAAGCGGGUGAGCAUGGCUGCGCUGCAGGGCAUGUUCAUCCGGAGUACGACGGCGGAAGCUGUGCAGGGUAUUCGGACAUUGUUCAUGCCAAAGUAA